CGAAUACAUUAUAUUUUUUAGUUAGUAAAAUUCAAAAAUGAUUUUUAAAUAUAUUAUUAUAUUAACACAACUCAAUUAUACCCUAGGAAUAUGUUUUUAUGAUUUACAAUGCAAUUUUACCAAGUACAUGUUAAAUUAUUUUAAUCAUAAUCACCGAUAUUUAACCGAAAUUAAUAUCAACAAGAAAAAAUACAACGAAAUAGAUUUAAAGAUGUACGGUGUUUCAAUUCAAAGUCAUGGUGAAAUAGUUCUAAUAAUGUUAGAUGCAUUACGAAAAAUUAAUGAUUAUAACACGAGGAAAUAUUCAAAAGAGUUGAUGGCAAUUAAUUUAUACUUUAAUAAUGUUUCGGGAUACUUAGAUAUGCUUGCUACAAAUAAAGAAAACGAAAUAGAUGUUUCAGAUCUAAAACCAAAUGUCCUUCAAGGCUACAUGAUAAUCCAUAAAUUAAUUACAUCCCAGUUAGAAAAAACUUUAGAGAAUAUUUGCAAAACUUAUUCAUACGACAAAGAAUUUGUUAAGUGUCCUAAUUACAAUACUUCAGGAGUUUACAAUAUAGAAAACUUAAGAUAUACUACUGAUAAACUUAAAAACAGAUUACUCAAAAAUAAUAAAGAACAAAACAUUACUGAUGUCCACUUUGAGAACUUAAAUAAAAGUAUAAUAUUUAUAUUUUUCAGAUUGUCAUAUUUUAAGCAUGAUUAUUGGGAUUUUCUUCCGAAAAACAUAUUAUUAUAUGACUUAAUGACAAACAGACAACAAAUGUCUGAAAGAAAUUUACUGUUAGGUUCUCAAGCUCGACAACAUGGAAUUGUAGAAAAUGAACGCCCAAAAAAUGUAUUAGAUAUUCUGCGAUUUACACCAUUAACAUUAAAUUGUAUUGAUGGAAGUCAAGUUACACUUUAUGAUAUUUUCAAGUACGUUAAGUAUUUAUUUUAUAGAAUCGACAUACAGUUCUUCCAUACGCUCGUAUUGACUGCAACAUUUCGUCCCAUUUCUUUACUCAUACAAUAUUACAUGAAAAUUCUUGGUUGUUCAACUUUUAUCUAUAAUUUGGAUAAACCUAACGCCACAGAAAGUAAAUUCGUAAACAAUAUGAACAUUAUUGGCUCUAAAAUACUUUAUUACUUUCAGUACUAUAUUAAUUUAGAAAUUUUUGGAAGUUUACCAUCUGAAUUUUUCAAAUGUUUUUUAAUUAAAACCAAAGAAUGUAUUGAUAAUUUCAAUGUAAACAAUAAAAACGUUUUCAUUAAUUUGGUUUCUGAGUUGAUUGAAUCUCUGGAGAGUUUUAUGUUGGGUAACAAAAUUGACUAUAAAAUUUCCCCUGAUGUUAUUACGACUGAAAACAUUGAUUUUUUUUAUAAAGAAUUGGAGAUAAAUAUGAAUCAAGUUCAAGACUAUAUUACGGAAUUAGAAAAUAAUUUAGAAUCUUUCUUCUUUAUUAGAAAGACUUUUAAUGUAGAAUACUUGUUCAAACUAUCACCCACGCACGUAUUACGUCCAUUUAUAAUAAAUCAAAUGUGCCAAUCUGAUGUUUACUCUUUUUUGACAAAUAUUUUUAAGGGCGAAAAAAAUGUUCAUAUGACAAUAGAUCAAAAUAAUCAAAGAGAAUUUUAUUCAGUUAAAAAGUAUACCCCUUUUACAGAAUCUGUUUGUUAUUUAGAUGAUUAUGUUCUCUAUUUCGAAAUAAAAUAGUGAACAAUUAUUUUUAAUUAAAUAUGAUCAUAUUUUUAGGUCGUCUAAAUAAUUGUGUUGUCGUGUUUAGUGUAAUAAGUAAAACAUAAAUAUAUGAGAUAUUUGAUAAACAUUUAUUGAAUUAUAAUUAUAUUACUAUUAUUUUAAGAAUUUAUAACACAAAUUUAU